GCGAGAAUGUCUGUGAGCGAGGCGGAGGACUGGAAGCCCGAAGGCUCGGCCUGUAGGACAAGAACUUCGGCUGUGUGUUUCUAACAAGACUUGCUAUCGACGGUGAAGAUCCUGGACUGGUUUGCGAAUGCUUUUCGCAAACUUCGACGCAGUAAUUUAUAACUGGUCCUUCGCUGAAAAUACUCCAGGUUCCAGGUUCAGAUUUGUUAUUCCCGUUACAAUCCAGGUUCUUCGAACAAGUUUUGAAAUUCUGCAACUUUCAGCUGAAGAAACUGGACUACUACGGAAGCUUAUUUUCAACAAAAAUGGUGCUGGGUCAGAUCUUCUCCAAGACUCUACAGUAGCAGAAAUAUAGUCACUGGACGAACAUAUAGACGCAGUAUGCACCCUAUGGAUUCGCGAAGCAAUAACCGUGUGAGACAACGAUUGAAAAGGGCAACGCUGUGUGAGGGUUGAUUUCCUGGACAUAACCGGCUCUGUGAAGCAAGUGUGAUAAGUUUUUCGUAGAGCAGACCAGUGACGAUUUGCAUUUUCGUAGAUUAGACGGGAGCAUAUGGGUUUAUAAAAUACAGGGAAGGAAAAAAAUAAGUUAGUCGUAAAUUGAACAGGAGCAGAUGAGUUUGCCGUGGACUGGACAGGAGCAGACGAGUUUGCCUUAGCCUGAACAGGAGCAGACGAGUUUGCCUUAGACUGAACAGGAGCAGACGAGUUUGCCAUGGACUGGACAGGAGCAGAUGGGUUUGUGAUAGACAGUAGAGGAGGAGACGAGUUUGCCAUGGACUGUACAGGUGCAGUUGAGUUUGCCGCGGACUGAACAGGAGCAGACGAGUUUGCCGUGGACUGGACAGGAGCAGACGAGUUUUCCGUGGACUGUACAGGCGCAGUUGAGUUUGCCGCGGACUGAACAGGAGCAGACGAGUUUGCCGUGGACUGGACAGGCGCAGUUGAGUUUGCCGCGGACUGGACAGGAGCAGAUGAGCUUGCCUUAGCCUGAACAGGAGCAGACGAGUUUGCCGUGGACUGGACCGGAGCAGAUGGGUUUGUGAUAGACAGUAGAGUAGCAGACGAGUUUGCCGUGGACUGGACAGGAGCAGACGGGUUUGUGAUAGACAGUAGAGGAGCAGACGAGUUUGCCGUGAACUGGACAGGAGCAGACGGGUUUGUGAUAGACAGUAGAGGAGCAGACGAGUUUGCCGCGGACUGGACAGGAGCAGGCGGGUUUGUGGUAGACAGCCAAGGAGCAGACGAGUUUGCCGCGGACUGGACAGGAGCAGGCGGGUUUGUGGUAGACAGCCAAGGAGCAGACGAGUUUGCCGCGGACUGGACAGGAGCAGGCGGGUUUGUGGUAGACAGCCAAGGAGCAGACGAGUUUGCCGCGGACUGGACAGGAGCAGGCGGGUUUGUGGUAGACAGCGAGGAGCAGAUGAGUCCGGGGUAGCCUGUAUGGGGGCAGGAGCGUGAAGAUGUGGUCGAGGGAGAAGGUACUGGGCUGGGUCACGGACGCCGUCUCCUCUGCCACGAACAGCUCGGUCGACCGGCCGCUGCCGUCGCGCGACGAGCUGCUCGCGCUGUUCAACAUCACCGACGAGGAGAUCUCGUACCUGUACAAGCUGUACAACGCCUCGUCGCCGGCGGGCUCGGGGCCGGACGUGGACGCGGAGUCGCGCGCGGAGUGCUACUGUGGCGGCUGGGCACGCGACAUGGCGGACGCGUACCGCCGCGCGCACGGCUACGUCAGCCUCGCCGUCUGCCUGUUCGGCACGGUCGCCAACCUGCUCAACGUGGCCGUGCUCACGCGCAAGGACAUGCGCAAAGCGCCCAUCAACCGCCUGCUCACGUGGCUCGCCGUCGCUGACGUGCUCGUCAUGGUGGAGUACGUGCCGUUCGCCUGCUACGCCUACCUGGUGCUGCCCGAGCGGGUCGACUUCCCGUACGGCUGGGCCGUGUUCGUGCUGUUCCACGGCCACUUCUCGCAGGUCAUGCACACCAUCUCCAUCUGCCUGACGCAGGCGCUCGCCGUCUGGAAGUACAUCGCCAUCAGGUUCCCGCACGAGAACUCCGUGCUGUGCUCGGACGCGCGCUGCCGCCUCGCCGUGCUGGUGAGCUACACGCUGCCGCUGCUCGUGUGCAGCCCGUCCUUCUUCGUGUUCUCGGUGCGCGAGACGCGCAUCAGGGAGGGCCGCGAGGUGGUGGUGCUGUACCACGUGGCGCUGAGCCGCGCCGCGCGCCAGGGCGACGAGCUGCUCUACACCGCCAACUUCUGGACCUACAGCGUGGUCGUGAAGCUGCUGCCGUGCUGCGUGCUCGCCUACCUCAGCUGCUGGCUCGUGUCGGCGCUGCACAGCUUCAACCGGCGCAAGCACGACCGCGCCCGGAGCAGCGAGGCCGGCGCCGCGGAGCCGUGCAGCGCGGACCAGCUGCAGCUGCACAAGAGCGAGCUGCGCAGCCACCGCACGGUGCGCAUGCUGGUGGCCGUGCUGCUGCUGUUCCUGCUCACCGAGCUGCCGCAGGGCGUGCUGGGGCUGCUGAGCGGCGCGCUGGGCCGCUGCUUCUUCCACAACUGCUACCACCGCUUCGGCGAGCUCAUGGACGUGCUGGCGCUGCUCAACGGCGCCGUCAGCUUCCUGCUCUACUGCCUCAUGAGCCGCCAGUUCCGGCGCGCCUUCGGCCAGCUGUUCCGCGCGAGGCGGCGCGCGCUCAAGUGGGGCGCCGUGUCGCAGACCGAGGUGCACAGCACCUACGUCUGAUGGUGCGCGCUGCUCAAGUGGGGCGCCGUGUCGCAGACCGAGGUGCACAGCACCUACGUCUGAUCUCCCCUGCGCGCCGCCACCACCACAUUUAGUAAACAAGAUCUUCCGGGGAACGAUACUUCUGUUACGCCGACGUCACAGAUGUGUCCAAGAAACAAACAGUGUAUUUCUGCGUCCAUCGCGCUCCACCCGACAAUCCAACUUAAGUUUAAUUGCGUUUCAUUAUCGUUGCAAUGUCUGGCUGCCCCCCCCCCCCUUCCCAGCCAUCCCAUGGCCACGCCCAGACUCCAACUUAACUCGAUGAGUUGCGGGUGGGUGUAGUUUAAUGAGCAUUUGAGCCCAUUCCCGCACACAAAUUUUAAAAAAAUAAGCGAAUGCAUAGCAGACCAAUGCACACUCGAUCUGUGCGAAACUUUUAAGUGUUUUUUUUUUGCCGAUGAAAUUUUUUGACAAAAAUUACUUCUGUUGGUAGUGUUAGUAAAUGAAUAUAUUAAUUGUGAUUUUUCCACAAAACUAUUUUUUAACUCGUAAUUUUUUUAAGGUAAUGAUAGAGCAAGCAACAAUUUUAGUAAACAACAUUUAAUAACCUAAAAACACUUUUUAGAAUAUUUUUCAUUUAUCACGAGUCACUUAUCUAAAUAAUUGUGAUGAUUAUUUUUAAGGUAGAAUAACUAGAUUCAAUUAAUACCUGAUAAUUUCCUGCUACCAUAUGAUAAAUAAAUGUAAACAGUUCCCAACUCCCCCAAAACGGCACCCUAACUGUGCUCUCAUUGGUUGAUGCGAUAUGCGUGCAUAACAGAAUAUAUUUAUUUUCCUUGUAUGCGCUCUUUUAUUUUCUGUAUUGUUAUGAAUAAUUUGGUUGGAAAAUAUGGCGGUCAAAUAUUGCGUGCACGAACAUUGUUACUGUUAUUUCUUCAAUUGAGAAUACAGCCGUAGGGUCGAGCCAUUUUUUUUUCUUACGAACUUCUCCUCCCGACUUACACUAUUGACACGAUGAACGAAAGUAUAUUCACGAUUCGCAAAAUUCCCCUAGUGCUGCACUUAAAUACUUCACAAACACUACAUCUAAAGGUUGCCGACUGACUGGACCAACAAACCCCUUCAUAUUUCUGAAAACAUAAUACGAAUUGCAAUUAAAACACAUUACACUUGCCUUAAAAAAAGUCUCGUUUUAAACAGUUAAAAAUGCUAAAGCGGGUGUUUUUAGGUAAGAAAAAAAUUGGUGCUAAGUAUAGUAAGUGUAGAGACGAGCAGGAAGAUUUUUCAUUUAACACUCCAGUGUAUAAUUUAAUUGGCACUGCUGCAAGUCUCGUAGAGGCGCUUUAGCGAUGACGAGACUGCAGGCCAGUUCUUGUGCCUGGCACGUAGGGGCGAAGAGGCGCGCGAUGCGCGAGUCAGUGUCGCCCUUAGCGACCCCGCGCUUCCAGAGCGCUUGCGCCCAGCACACCUCCGCUUGUAUGCCAGUAUAACAGUGGGUGACGGGUCGAAGCUAUCCCCGCGGAUCGAAAACACUGCCGUGGAUCACAAAACAAUUGAAAACGUAUACAAAUUUACUGAUUUUUUUUUUAUGUUCCCACCUAAACACUGUUCAAUUUGAGUACAUUGUAAGAAACGAAAUUUUCCGUCAGGAAGAUCUUAUAUGUGAUGGGAAGAAGUUGCACGAUUAAUACACAGAAACGAAAUAGAAAAUAUAACGAUGAUAAAUAUUACUGAAUAA